AGUUGGCAGCGCCACUUGUCAGCUACAGCUACAAUAGCUGCAAGUAAUAACGUGGCGCGACUCACAGCAGUCAGCACAACGACUAGCUGGAGCUGGAGCUGGAGCGUCCAGUAGUGUAACACUGCAGUGUAGGCGGAUAAACCAGAGCGUGGGCGUGUCACGACAUGCACGACGAGACAGCUAGAUGCAACUUCGACACUGAGACCUUCAUAUUCGAGGUGCAGGCUCGACCCGCGAUAUGGGACGUCAACUCGGAGGAAUACACGGACCGAGACCUCAAAAGGAAGUGCUGGCUGGACCUCUCCGAGAUGUUCAUCGACAAAGGAGACGCCACCAAGAAAGACAUAGCCGAAUUUUGUAGGGCGAUACAGCGGCGUUGGAAAAGUCUAAGAGAUUGCUACACCAGAGAAUGUCACAGAAUGAUGAAGAGAGGCGAAUCCGGGACUUCGAACCAGAGGACUUACAUGUACUACAGGCACCUGUCCUUCCUGAGCGGGGUCAUCAGAAGCAAGGGUGUGUCCAGCGACACGGAGGACGGGAGUUGCGGGCCGUCCACGGUAGAGGCAGGGUUGCUGGGGGAGGACGAGGACGGAGACAGUGGACCAGAAUCUCCCGUGACCUCCGCGACCCCUGUCCUCACGGACAGCAGGAAGAGGAAGAGGCCAGACAGACAGUUCGAGGAGGACGAAGAUACUCCAGUCCACUGUGUGAUAAAGCCCCGAAAAAGGAAACAAGAGAACGAAGCUGAGGACAGUGACAGAAUAUUUUUGAUGUCCUUGUUGGACCCAAUAAAAGAUGUACCAGAGAGAUCGCGGUUUACAUUAAGAAUGGAGAUUAUGAAAGUUAUUGACAAUUUUAGAAAUAAAACGAUGAAAUGAAGACACUACCAAAGUAUGCCCUGGUCUUGCAGACUGUUGGUGUCACAGCGCGUCGUCGUCUCGUCAGCCAGAUUGAUCAUUUAUAAGUUUAAUAUAUGAUCAUUAAAUUUUGUUUGAUAGCAUUCAUAAUUUGUUUAUUAUGAUUGAUUAAAUAGGGUUUUCUCAAAAAGGA